CACUUUUGUGGGGGAACCUAAUGCAACAAUAUGCUCCGAGAACGAAGACGCCUCGCUCAUUACAAGCUCAGCAGCAGAUUGGAUCGAAAGUCAUCACGUGGCAUGAUCUAUGAGAAUGAGGAACUGAGGCUGCGUACCAUCAACAUAAACGCUGAGGUUGAAAGAGGGCAAUCUGAUAUCAAACGCCUGCGCAGAGAGAAUGAACAACUGCGGCGUGAGAUUUGGACGCUUCGCGACGAAUGCGAUCGCUUGAAUAAACGCUUCAAGGCGAAGCUUUUGGAUAGGCAUAGCGGCUGCAGUGGCGGUGGACGACCCAGCAGUCACGUAUGCGACAGUAAUUGCAACAGUGAUGACUCAGAUUCCUGUGAUACCUGCAAGGGCAACGAUGACGAAUGCAGUGAUGAAUGCUGCACUGGUGGCAGCUGUCCACAACUGGCCACAAAGCAGCCUUUUAUUGAAUUUGCACCUGACACGCCCACAAGUCCUGCACCACGCACAGAUACGGCGAAACUGGGCGUUAAUUCCAUGGGCGCCGCGUCCGAAAGCACACCAAAUUUACAUCAGGCAUUUGAUCAUCUGUCCGUGGUGUCGGAGGAAACGAUGAGCAAUGCCGAUUUACACCCGCCGGUGCCACACAAUGAAAUGUUGCAUAUUUAUACGCUUGAUAGCGGUGGAUCGCAGAUGACAUUGCCCAGCUUAGUCGGACCGCUGACGCCGUUGACGCCUAUCGAGCAGGUGGCCAAUCAGCUGAAUGACCUACAAGCGGUCGUGCCGCCAUUAUCUUACUUCGAGAAUAUAAUACAGGAUCACAUGGGAUCGAAUAUAGGCAACGCACCAAGCGCCAGCUCGCCUAUUUCGAAAAAUAUGCGCCACACCAACGGUUGGGACUACAAACUGCAAUCGCCUUUCGCACAUCGAAAAAUAUCGGGUGACAGCUCACAACCGGCUCUACAGAUAGCCAAUCUCUCGUCGAGUACGGCACAACAACAACGCUUUAAGCCGCCUCAGCUGUUGUCAACAUUUGUGCCGGCGGCAGGUAAUGCGAGCUCGUCGAACUCGACCGGUUUUACGGUAACAGCGCCGAGUGUGCAGAGCCAGCCAAAUACGUCCACAAUAGAAACAGUCGCAAUCACGACAACGCCUGUGAAUGCGCCAUCGACACUAAGUAGCCCAAAGCACUUCUUUGCGCCACUUAAACCCCGGCUGAAACUCAACACAGAUUUGGCUAAUAAAACCACGAACAACACCAACGUGCCUGGGGUACCACCCCUAAGUUCCAAUCCAACAACAGCGGCGGUCGAUGUUGAAGAAAAUGCCUGCCAAAAUUGUGACGCGCCUGACCUCUAUGUACACAACGGUGUGGCUUCGCCCUACCAGCGUCAAAUAGCGACCGCAACGAGUGCGGCCAAUGCGGUGCCACCGCCAGUGCCUCAACGUGGCAGCUCCUCUCAAACAGAGUCUGUCAAUUUGGAAACGAUCCUCAAUGACAUCCAAGCAAUAUCAGAGGACAUUUUGGCGAUUCAGCUGGACAAGCGAAAGGGGAAUGAUAAUGACAUCAACAAGCCGCUGGAACAGAACGACAAAAACAAGAAGCCUUACCGUUCUGAAAUGAAUCUGACACUUCAGUACGACGGGGUAAGUCAGGCCACUACUGCCGCCAACAAGACCGCAACCGCGACACAGACGUCUUUCGGCAGCAACGGCGGCAACAACGCCCGCUGUACGCGUUCAUUGGAACGCGAACACACCGAUAGUCCGUCGCCCCACAUACCCGACGCAAUGGUCCCCUUUCCAGACAAACGUACCUACAUCGGCUUUGAUCAGCUGAACAACGAGGCAAUAAUUGAGCUGCCGCCUUCAAGCGUUGCAAAUAUGCAAAGACCGCCACUGCCAACAGUAGUAAGUGCACCCAACAAGGCACAUCCACCAACGCCGCCGGCGCGUGGGUAUCCAUCGCCGCUUAACAUACGCUGCGCGGGUUUGGCGCGUGGCACGCCUGUGGCAAUACCAGAGCCACCGGGAGGGGAGACGGCGAGCAGUGCACAGGGCAGCACGCCAGUGAUAGUAGGCCUUGCACCAAACAAAAGCCAACUUUAUACCGCUAUAGCGAAUGCGGCAGCUAAGCGCGCGCAGUAUCGUUCAUCAAUGGCGCAUUCGCUAGAAGGGCAUUUGUCCGCUGCAGCUGUAGCAGCGGGCACGGAUGCGAAUAAUGCGGAUGCCGCAAACGAGGCGCUGAGUAGUGAGGCUGCGCGACGGAAAGCGCGACGCGUUUCAAUCGUUUGUGGCGACUCAAGUACGCCGGACUCACCUGAUCCAGUGACAAAUCCUCACCUAAUUCGAUCUCAAGCACAAAUUAAUUUGAGUGGCCUGCAGGAUGCCGCCACAGCUACUAAUUCAAAUUCAGCGAACACAACAAUAACAACAACGAAUACGAUUUCUCCAUCCGUAGGUAGUUGCUCAGACCUGCCAUCCGCGCUGGUUAAUCCAGCGCUGAGGAACCUCAAGCAGACCAGCCACAGCACACCCAAUUCACCACAUUCCGUGCGACGUCGCAGUAACAGUAACACUAUGAGCCCGCAUAACAGCGUUGCUGACACCGCACAUCCCCCACAAUCACUGUCGGCCAACACGUCCCCGCGCCACACGGCUACCGUACACCAUCAUCACAGCAAUAGCAGUUGUAGUAAUAUUUCCGCGGCUCAACAGCGCAAAUCCAGUCAGGACUCUACGCCCGGCAACCCGACGGAAUUGGCAGCUGUUGAGGCAAUUGCAGGGCGCUCACGUUGUUCCAGGCGUCACUCCGACGGUACGGUGGCGAGUAAUGCGCAUCGCAUUAGUGGCACUUCCGGUCAUCACCACCAUCAUCGCCACCAUCAUCAUCAGCACAGUUCGUCGGUGCUCAGCAACAAUCUGCAUCACAGCCAUCAUUCGCAUCAGGACAGCACUUCGUUGUCGGAACACGGAUCGAACAGUUCGGCCUCGUCGCGAGAAUCAUCGACUUCGUUCAGUGUGCGUUCACAUCGGCGGAAAAUCUCAAUUAGUUCGCACACCGGGGGUAAGAUACCAUGGUGUGGGUGCUGGGGCAACGGCUGCUUGUAGGUAAGAUAAAUGCAUACAUAUGUAUGUAUAGUUGUGUGGCGAGAGUGUAUUUUAAAGUGUAUAAAAACGUCUAAGUAAAUGUAGUAAAUUUGAAUUUAUAUAUAAAUACACAUUAAUUAGUUUUAUUAUAUUUAUCAAUUUAAAUGUAUUUAAAUUCGUUAGGAGUUAAAUUCUAGGAAAUUCGUUCGAAUAUAGAUUACUAUUAAAAUAUUGAAUAAAAAUUAAUUAAAUAAAUGUUCUAAUAUACAUACUAAGCUACAAAGCUGUUCGAAUCGGUUAUUUCAUAAUUUUGCUUUAUGGAGUUUUUUUUUUGUUAGGGCUGAUUUAAUCAGA